AUGUUGUCCACCCUCAGAGUCGCCAGCCGUAAGGCUGCUUCGCGUGACGCUAGUGUGCGCACCGUCAUUGUCGGCGCCAGACAUGCUUCCGCCUGGUCCAACGUUCCUCAGGGUCCUCCCGAUGCUAUCCUGGGCAUCACCGAGGCCUACAAGGCCGACAGCUUCGCCGAGAAGAUCAACCUGGGUGUCGGCGCUUACCGUGAUGACAAGGGCAAGCCCUACGUCCUGCCCUCCGUCCGCGCUGCCGAGGACAAGGUUGUCGCCUCCCGUUUCGACAAGGAAUACGCCGGUAUCACCGGUAUCCCUUCCUUCACCAAGGCUGCCGCUGAGCUCGCCUACGGUUCCGAUUCCGCCGUCCUCAAGGACGACCGUCUCGUCAUCACCCAGACCAUCUCCGGUACCGGCGCCCUGAGAAUCGGUGGAGCUUUCCUGCAGCGCUUCUACCCUGCCGCCAAGAAGGUCUACCUCCCCAACCCCAGCUGGGCCAACCACGGUGCCGUCUUCAAGGACUCUGGUCUGGAGGUCGACAAGUACCGUUACUACAACAAGGACACCAUCGGUCUCGACUUUGAGGGUCUGAUUGCCGACAUCAAGGCUGCUCCCGAGAACAGCAUCAUCCUUCUCCACGCUUGCGCUCACAACCCCACCGGUGUCGACCCCACCGAGGAGCAAUGGCGCCAGAUCAGCGACGUCAUGAAGGAGAAGGGUCACUUUGCUUUCUUCGACAUGGCCUACCAGGGCUUUGCCAGUGGCAACGCUGACCGUGAUGCGUUCGCCCCGAGACACUUUGUGAAGGAGGGCCACAACAUUGCUCUGUGCCAGAGUUUCGCCAAGAACAUGGGUCUGUACGGUGAGCGUGUCGGUGCCUUCUCUCUCGUCUGCGAGUCCGCCGAGGAGAAGAAGCGCGUCGAGUCCCAGAUCAAGAUCCUCAUCCGUCCCUUCUACUCGAACCCCCCCAUCCACGGUGCCCGCGUUGCUUCGACCAUCAUGAACGACCCCGAGCUCAACCAGCAGUGGCUGGGUGAGGUCAAGGGCAUGGCCGACCGCAUCAUCGAGAUGCGCUCUCUGCUCCGUAAGAACUUGGAGGAGCUUGGCAGCAAGCACGACUGGUCCCACAUCACCAGCCAGAUUGGCAUGUUCGCCUACACCGGUCUCAAGCCUGAGCAGAUGGACGCUCUGGCCAAGGAGCACUCCGUUUACGCCACCAAGGACGGCCGUAUCUCCGUGGCCGGUAUCACCACGGGCAACGUCAAGCGCCUGGCCGAGUCCAUCUUCAAGAUCACCGGUUAA